AUGGGCAACACGACGCGUUCUCAACCUCACGGUCGCGAGUCGUCUUCCACCAUCCGCCUCAAGAUGUUUACUGUCUACCGGCCAGACAGGAAGACUCCCAGCAGUCCUUCGCUGGGAAGCCAGCGGUUAGGCAAUCGCCGCCGUAUUCUAAGGACUCUACUUGCAGCAAUUCUUAUCGUCAGCUUUCUCCGGACAUGGACCUACACAUCUCGGACGAGGAUAUCGCCUCCCACGUAUGCCAUAGACGAGGCAGCUAGCGAAGUAGCUGAGCUCGACUAUAGCGAUUUCGACCCCAUGCCACUGACUGGCAUGCUCAAUGACGGCAAGCCCGGCAAACGCACGUGCGACCAGCUUCGACACGACGGACGGCUACGUGUUCAAGAAAGUCUCUAUCUCGAGGAUGAUCUCGUAGACGUCGCGAGAUCUCUCGCCGAUCACCCCAUAAUCAACUAUCCCUCCGAGUAUGAUGAUGUGCCCUUCGAAGAGACUGUGUCGAAGUGCUGGGCUAGACUAGCUGGAUCAAGCGUUUGGCUGGAAAAAUACCAAGUCUUCCUUGCAGUGACGCGAGUCAUCUUUUUCGACAAGGGCAAUAGGGCUUGGCCCAUUAUGAGUUUUCUUCGAGGCCAAAUAUAUGAUGCUGACUGGAACGAAUUGAAAAAUCAUACCAUCCACUGGCACGGCGACGAGGUCGUCUUCCCUGUGGUGUUUACCAUUCCGGCUCCUUAUAACGUGGGCGGUGGUUUUUACGGCCCUGAAGACCCAAGGAUAAUCAUCGAACAAGAUGUGGAAGACGCCGAACCUAUCGUUGUAUUCAACAUGAUCCAUGACCUGAGGACAGUCGCGCGAGCCAUGCACAUUUUCCGACCAUUCUCGAAUGUGACCACCAUCUUGACGAUCACAGGGGAAGGAGAAAGGCCAUCAUCGGAGAAGAACUGGGCCCCGUUUUUCCACGACGACCGCGCGCACACUGCCAACGCAACCAACGCAACCAACGACGUGAAGAAAUGGCCCAGUCAGCACAUUCACUUUGUGCACGGCUUUAACCCCCUCAAAGUGCUCAAGUGUCAUGCACUCAAUGGAUGGUGUGAUAUUGUGUACGAGCAAAAGGUCUCGGAGGACUUGGUGUCGCCUCAUGACGAUCCUCACGGUCGUAUGAGCGGUGGCACAAACCUGGUUCCAAUUCCAAUCGCUUCGAGUCCCGGUGUGCAUGCGUAUGUCGGUUUUCCAAGGUCUCACAUCGACUUUGGAUGUAAGGACGACGCUAUGUACAGACCUGAGAUGAUGAUCAUGACCGCAUAUGACCGGCAAUUCCACAUCAAUUACAUGUCCGAGCCAAUCGAUUUUGGAGCAGCAGCCUUGACACCGGAAGCCGUCACUGAUCCCUGUGGGGAAGGCCGCAUUUUGAUCGCCAACAGUGUGGCACGAUGGGAUAGGUCCUCAGGUCACGAUCUGAUGACAAUUUCAUUCUCAGUCGCCGAUGUGACUGUCCAGGUCCUUCAAUUGGAAGGUGUUUCAAGGUUCAUUGAACAACUAUCGUCCCUCCAGCCGGCACUUCAGCACGACAUGUCCCAGGAUGGCAGUGUCAUCUGGAAUCUUCGAUGGUCAGCUGUCAGCCAGGACGUUUCUUCUUGUUCGAUCGAGGCUGCACGGAACUAUUCCAUAGCCGUCUCCGAGCCAAUGCAUGGCAAGUCGAAGGCCAAACUGAGAGAAGAGGGAGAAUUAGAUGCUGCGGACGAAGACGACGUAGCGGAUAAGACCAAGGCACCUGAAGAUGAAAAAAACAAAAAUGAAGACAACAAUAAGAAGGACAAGGAUCUGAAAGCCGCGAAAGAGGAGGAGCUAACGGAUGCUUUAUUUGACGACGCGGCAGCAUUCGAAACAAAGGACAAGGAUGAGAAGACUUUUCAAAAAGACCUCAUCUACCUAGACGACCCAUUUGGACACGAGGACAUAAAAAUCACAUGA